CAUACUGUACACUUGACUUUUUUAUUUGAAGUAAACAUUUUCUGUUCUUGUCCAGUGUGAGUGUGAGUUAGUUCAACUUUGACAUGGGAUUAAUCAGCUUUAAAAAAGUCAUGUGACUUUUCCAUUUUUCUGUACGGCGUCACAUUGAGGAAACUUCCACCUUUUGUUCACUGGCUGUUUUGACGUUUCUCUGGCAGCGAUGAUACGCUACUUCUCUCUGUUUGCUGUCAUCAGUGUUUUAGUGUCUCAGUGUUACGGCGGCUGUGCAGAGGUGGAUUCCCUGACUCAAGCCGUGGCUGGAGAAGGAUUCCUGCUCGGCUGCAUCUCCUGUAAAAAGAGAGAGGAAGUCUUGACCCGAACCACAGUGGACUGGCAUUUCAAACCGGCGGGAGAGGACGACUUCAAGCAUAUUUUCCACUACGAUCACCCCAGCGCUGAGAUCCUACACGAAGACUUCAGUGGUCGCGUUGAGUGGCAUGGAACACAAAACAGUGACAUCCAGACUGGAGCUGUCUACAUUCAGAAUCUUACCCUCAACGACACGGGCACAUACCGCUGCACUUUUCACCGCACCCUCUUCCUUUCACCAUAUGAUGGGCAUGUCACUUUGGAGAAGGAGGUGGAGCUCACUGUGGUGGCAAUAGGCAAUCGGGAGAUAACAGCCGUGAUCUCAGAGAUCAUGAUGUACGUGCUGAUCGUGGUUCUGCAGCUGUGGCUCAUUGUGGUUCUGGUCUACUGCUACAAGAAGAUCUCAGAUGAGCACGAGAGUCGGGAGGCACGUAAAGCUAUGAAAGCUCAGGCAGCGUCCAGAAGAUUAGAAUCAAAGGACAACUGUGACGGGCUGCAGAUAGAGUAACAUGACAAGUGAGGUUGAAGGUCGUCUGUGGAGAACAAAGUCUUUUAGUCUCUGGAUGAAAGGCCUGCUUCGGUCCACAGUAUCUCAGGAGUAUGUGUGUUAUUUAUAUUGCUGUUAGACCACACUUUCAAGUAUACAAGUACACCCAUCGAUAUAUACUACAAGUGUACUAGGUUUAUACUUGUAAGUAUAGAGCAGUGUUACCAAGUAUAGGGAUGUCCUAUGACCGAUAUUCGAUAUUAUCGGUCCAAUAUCAGCCUAUUGUUGUGAUAUCGGUUCGUAUUGGUAUCGUUUUUUCUGCCAACAAUGAAAACCCGAUAUAACAAUUCCAGGAUUUCCCGUCAACAUGCGAGUUAACGUUUGGUAAACAUUCGCACGCGCUCGAGUUGCAGUGAGCGUUAGUGAGAAGAGGAAAAUCAACAAGACUUUCCUCUGGCUCUGACGGCGUGUUUCCACCUGCAGGUGUCGCUGUGGCUUAUUUGAUUAUUCUAUUUUCAUUUAGUCUUAUUGUACCAACUGAGAGUUCAUCUUGUCAAACAUGAUACUGAUGUCACUCUAAAGGCAGUUUCAGUGCUAAAUGUCUUCUUGUAAAAAUGUCCAAUAGUCUGUCAGUGUUUCUGUGCUGGAUGAAAACAGUGUGACUGUGUUUUCAGCAUGUUUCCAGUGCAAAUGUUCCAUCUCAUGUUUAAAAGAAAUAAUAAUUCCUCAAACCAAACCUGGUCUUAACACAAAGACCUAAUGAAAUACCUGCGUCCAGUAUCUCACUGUCACUGUAACAGAGCUGAGGACGUUUGGAGGUGAUUGUGUUGUAACUGAAUCCAGUCUGCGCUGCGGUCUGAAAGCAGCUUUGUUCUCCUGUUUCCUGAGACCACAGACUAAACUCUGAUUACACGCGAGUACAACUGGGACAUUAAAAUGUUACUGCGCUUGUU